AUGGCCUCCUCGAGCGAAGUCAAAUCCACCGCCCUCACCCUCCGCUUCAAAUACGGCCGACAAACGGUCUUCCUCUUCACCGAACCCCUCACGCCCUUCCCAGACAUCCUCAAAGAACUUCUUUCCACCCUUCGCGAACGCUACCCGAAAGGCAUGCCGACCGGAGACCCCGAGGAGUUCACACCGAUCCCUGACUCGGGCAUCGAUGUCGUGCUGGGCGUUCCCAAGGACCUCUACGAUUUGAGCAAAGGGUGGGAUGGAUUGAAAAUUCUGGGUCCGGGGCUGGAGGAGACGCCAAAAAGUUUGGGUCUGAAGGAGAGCACGCCGAUUGCGUUUGCGUUUACGGAGUCGGAGGCGUGGCAGAAGAACAAGACGUUCCAUGUUGAAUUUAGUAACGUGGAGGAGCUGUAUCCGGACGAAGAACAAACAUGA